GACAUUUUGGGUCUUAAACCUGCGGCUUACUGAACACCUUGGAGUUCUCUUCUCUGUCCCAUGGCAGGGGUGGCCAGACAAGCCUCUCAGGAGCCCUACCACGAGAAGGCCCGUGAGCACCCGGAUGACGGAAAACACCCAGAUGGAGGACUCUACAACAAGGCGCCAUCCUACUCCAGCUACUCCGGCUACCUGAUGAUGCCGAAUGUGAACAGUGACCCGUACAUGUCAAACGGAUCCCUCUCUCCGCCCGUCCCCAGGACGUCCAGCAAAGUGCCCGUGGUGCAGCCCUCGCACGCCGUGCACCCCCUCACGCCCCUCAUCACGUACAGCGACGAGCACUUCUCCCCGGGGUCGCACCCGUCACACAUCCGGUCCGAUGUCAGCUCCAAGCAAGGCAUGCCCAGGCACCCGCCGGCCCCCGACAUCCCCACCUUCUACCCGCUGUCUCCGGGCGGCGUGGGACAGAUCACCCCUCCUCUCGGCUGGCAGGGUCAGCCUGUGUACCCCGUCUCGGGUGGCUUCAGGCAGCCCUACCCACCCUCCCUGUCGGUCGACACCUCCAUGUCCAGGUUUUCCCAUCACAUGAUCCCUGGUCCCCCCGGUGCCCACACAACUGGCAUCCCGCACCCAGCUAUUGUCACACCUCAGGUCAAACAGGAGCACCCCCACAGUGACAGCGACCUAAUGCACGUGAAGCCUCAGCACGAACAGAGAAAGGAGCAGGAGCCAAAAAGACCUCACAUUAAGAAGCCUCUGAACGCGUUCAUGUUGUACAUGAAGGAGAUGCGGGCCAACGUGGUGGCCGAGUGCACGCUGAAGGAGAGCGCAGCCAUCAACCAGAUCUUGGGCAGGAGGUGGCACGCCCUGUCUCGGGAGGAGCAGGCGAAGUAUUACGAGCUCGCACGCAAGGAGAGGCAGCUCCACAUGCAGCUGUACCCGGGCUGGUCCGCGAGGGACAACUACGGUAAGAAGAAGAAGAGGAAGAGAGAGAAGCUGCAGGAGUCCGCAUCAGGUGGCAAACGCAGCUCAUUCCCAACGUGCAAAGCCAAGGCAGCGACCCCGGGACCUCUGCUGGAGAUGGAAGCUUGCUGAAGACCAAGGCGUCUCCACGGUUUCCCCAGGCGGCCCGGAGCGCGGGCGCCAGCCUGCCCCAGGUCCCUGCUAAGACACAGCUCCGCGGAGACAAUCACCGCCAUCCCUACUGCAGCAGCCCCGGUCCAGAAAGCAUCAAACGGUUUUUUAAAAAA